AUGAGUGCUUGCUUGCCUGUGAACUCCAUUGUGUCACACCCCCUCUUGCCCUUUGACCUCCCUCCCCUUUUCCCUCCAUAGGUCCCAUAUGGCUACACCCUUACUUCAAAAGGGGCCUGGUCUGGCUGGGAUUCUCCCCCAGCAGCAGCAGUACCACCUGCCCUGAUGGAAUUAAGGUUAAUUAAAGAAUGAUGUACUGAGCUGAGCUGUCUGUCGGUCUCAUCAAGCGUUUCCGCAUAGAGAUUCAAUAUAAAGUAAUACUGUUUAUAGUAUAUUUACAACAUACUACUCCUGAGUGGCGCAGUGGUCUAAGGCACUGCAUCGCAGUGCUAACUGUGCCACUAAUCCUGGUUUAAUCCAGGCUCUGUCGCAGCCGGCCGUGACCGGGAGACUCAUGGGCGGCGCACAAUUUGGCCCAGCGUUGUCCAGGGUAGGGAGGGAAUGCCGGCAGGGUGUAGCUCAGUUUGAUAGAGCAUGGUUUUUCAACGGCAGGGUUGGGUUCGAUUCCCACGGGGGCCAGUAUAAAAAAAAUAUGUAUUCACUAACGGUAAGUCGCUCUGUAUAAGAAUGUCUGCAAAUGACUAAAAGUAAUGUAACUAUUUAUCCUCUUCUGGUGGUUGUCCUCCCUCUUUACUCCUGUCUGUCAGAUGCCUAUCCGGGUGACCCAGAGCCAGCCUGUGUAUCAGGACCGCUUCGGGAAACUUCAGGAGCAUCUCAGUAAGCUGGCCCUGCUCUUCCGCAAGCUCCGCCUCCUCUGUGUGGAGAUGACCUCUGACCUGCAGGAAGAACCCUCAGAGGUAGGGUUCAAUUCAAUUUCUAUGUACAAAAUCCCUCCAUUCCCCUUUCACUCUAUUAACCCCAUCCAAGCUGUACUGGGCUGGCUUGGUUAUGCAUUCACCAUAGUUGCUGGAACCAUGCUGGAAUGGAUCAUGUAAAAAAUAAAAUAUCCUAGCCAGCACAGUACGGUUCGGGUCAGCCCUCUAGUGUGAAUCAGGCACGUUUGGCUUUCUGUCUAUACACAAGCUCUACCUGUUUUUCUGUCUAUCUGUACCUUGUCACCUUUGACAAUAUUACUUGUCGUGCAUUUGUUUUGAUGCGUGUCAAUGAUGUGAGGAACUUGGUGUAUAACACGUCUUCUUUGCAGCUGGUGCCAUAUGUAGGAGAAGAGAUAGCCCCUGUGAGAGUGGAGCCCUGCAGUCCAGCUGUAAACCAGGAGAGACAAGAAGUGCUGGAGGUUUGUGACGUGUCCGCUUCCUCUGUAUGUCACUGAUUCAAUAUUGUUUGUUGGAUGACAACCAAUAGUUAGUACAGAGACAGUACUUUUCCUUGAUUCUAAUUGGGUUCUGUGUGUUAUGGUCCCAUCCACAGAAGGUGAGGCAGAAGAACCAGGAGAUGAAGAUUCUGAUGGACCAGAUGAGGAACUUGCUAUGGGACGUCAUCGCCAUGCUGACACUCAGGAAAUGA